AAGAAAGAACAAAAAAACUGUUUUCCAUUUUGUGUCACAUUUUAAUUUGCUACUUAUAUUCUUUUUCUUCUUAAAUUUUGUUCAAGUGAAAAAUUGUGCAUCGAAAGCAGAAGAAGAGUGAAUUGUGUGCAAGUGAGGGUGAGAGAAAGAGAGUGUGUGAAAGGCUGUGCAUUUGUGGCCAAACAAAAUAAAAACUACAACAAAUUAAAGCGAAGAGAGUGUAAUUUAAAGCGAUUUUUCAAUAAUAAUGGCCUCUAAGCGACGUGAGGUUGUAAUUGAUCUUGAACGUGACGGGCCACAUAUAUGCUGGGGCGUUCGCUUAAUUGGCGGAAUAGAAGUAAAUACACCGUUAAUUAUAACAAAGGUUUUGGCCGGCAGUCCAGCCUUUGGUCGUCUAGUGCGUGGCGAUAUAAUUGUCAAGAUCCAGGAAUAUGAUGCUCGUGACAUCCGAAAUGUUGAUGCUCAAACACUGUUUCGAAACGCUUACAAUCGCAUCCGAAUUGUUGUUUAUCGUGACAGUAAAAUGGUGGUCGCAUCAAAUAUGCGAAAUGAUGUACAAAAAUCACGUAGCCCAUCGGCAGUACCACCAUAUCGUCCCGAAAUCAAUUUACUUCAAUUUGAUUUCAAUGAACAGGCCGAACAGGCUGCAUUAUCAUUGCCACAAACGAAUUUUCAAUCAUUGUCGAUCAGCGAUUGUGGUUCAUCGCGACCAAAUUCACGUAUGUCAAAUUUUAGCCCGAUGCCAACCAGAGAUCAUCAACAAGAAGUACGAGAUGAACAGGCCACAAUCACAUCACAGCCUUACCGUACAACUCCAUUGAUUUUGCCAGGAGCCAAGGUUAAGAAGGAAUUCGUUCCCAAUGAAUGCUACUUGAGACAUCAUCCAAAUCCGAUGAUGCGAGGCCGUGCUCCACAUGUCGAAGAAAAUUUCUUGCGCCAAAGAGCUGGAGACACAUAUCUUAACCGCGUUGUAGGCGACACUGGAAACAAGGUUGCUCACAAGCAAUUCAACUCUCCAAUCGGUCUUUAUUCGGACGGUAACAUUGAACAUACGAUACGCUCAACCGUUCCAAACACCACACCCAUUUUCAUUGAUCUGUCGUUUCUGGAAGAAAAGAAUCGAAUUCUUGCGGAGCAACAACGCAAACAACGCAUUGCACAACAAAAUCGACUAUCAACCUAUCAGCCGUUCAAUUUAUAUCAUCCGCCUUCAUCAUCACAUUAGCUUUUUUCUUUCUUAAAAAAAAAAACAAACAAAACAUAUAAAUAAACAGAGAACAAUUAGACACGAAAACAAUUGAAUACGAAUUUCAAACAUAAAAUACACUGACUAAUCAUAUGAUGUAUUUUUUUUUUUCACCUUUGAUUGGCAAAAUUUUCGCGAACGUUCCCUUGUUCAAGUAGUGAGAUUGAGAUUUGGCACUUUUCCAUUUGAACUAAAUAAGCGAGAAAAAAUUGCUAAAAAUUAAAUUUGACGGGAAAAUGCAUGAACGGUGCCUUCCAGCUCACAUCUUGCAAGUUAUGUCGUUCACAUUUCUUUUUUCUGAAUUUUCCAACCUUUUCGUUAAGACAACCAACAGAUAUUUUGAAAAUAAAAACGCGCAACGUCUAAAAUUCGACUGUAUGCCGUUGCAUUCAAUUGGCAUUCAAAUCGAUAUAAAUAAAUUUGCAUUAAGAACUCGCAUAAAAAAAUAUGAAUGCAAUACCGUAUGGUUGGUUUUCAUUGUAAAUUGAGCAAAAUCCUCAUCCAUACGUUUAGUAACAUAUUAGCGCUGUCAAAAUUAUUACCGUGUCACCCACAAUUUCCGUAAUAUUUUAUGAAUU